AACAAGCUCCCUAGGGAGGUGUCAUGAUCCCAGUUCUUCUAGCAUGCAUGAAGUGUUUGGACAGCACUUCUCACAACACUUCUCUUGGCUCUGUGGUUUAACUUCUAGGCUGCCCUGUGUGGAGUCAGGAAUUGGUUUUGAUGACCUUCAUGAGUCUCUUCCAACUCAGGAUAUUCUCUGAUUUCAUGACAUAGAUUAUUAAGUUGCAACCUAGAAUUAGUUAAAAAAUGUUGAAUUUCUUGUGUACAAAUAAGGCAAAUAAUUAGUAUUAAUUUUCCAACAGUGUUGGAACUAAAUUAAAAGUGUGAAUUUACAUACCUUGUCAAGCACCCCAGAGUUCCUGCAGGUUGAACAUGAUACCUUGAAAUUUGUUUUCUGCAUUAAAUGAUUGCAGAUCCAUUGAGCUAUUUGGGCAGCUAAUAAUCAGUUUAAAGCGUGAAGUUUGGAUUUGGUAGAAUGCCACCAGUAGCAAUGCUUGUUUCUGCUACAAGCCUGGCUUAAGAGAGCCUUUGUCAGUUUGAAGGAGUUGCAGGACAGGUCUCUGGAGGAAGUACUGGAGCUCUAUUCCCAUGAGAAUUAAGAACUUGGCCUCAAUUUCCAUCUUUGCUACCUUCCAUUCCCCAAAUCAUUCUGGUGUUACCUGGCUCUGUCAGCAGUCAUGCCUAAGGAUGGCACCUCACUGGACUCUGAAGUUACCUCAGCAUCUGGAGAUCUGGUUCUGCUUUCAUCUGAAGUGCCUAGUCUGAACUUUAGAAAAUUACUGCACAGGAGCCUCUCUGAUUGCUUAUUUUAAUGGGAAACAAGUUCAUUCUCAAUUAUUGCAUUUUGGUAAUGAAAUACAUGGAUACUUUUGCAAAUUUAGAAUUAAGAAAUGUCUGUGUUGUUAAUAACUACUGGAAGAACUGCUUCAACUCUAUGCUCUGUCUCUUAAUUUGUUUAGGAAAUAUUUCAUAUGUUUCUCUAGCUUUGAAAUAUGCUCAAGAUAUGCAAAAGUUGUAAUCUAUGUAAGAUUUUACAAGUUUGUGUGGUAAAUCUGCACAUCUAACUGGUAUUGCCAUGCAAAUGUAAACCAAAUGAUGGAAAGAGUCUUUGUCCUAGAAUCUGGAAUAAUUACUUGCCUUGUAAAUGGGCAUAAUUCAGAAUACAGGAAAAGCUCUGCAUUCCUGGGUGGCAGCACUGCUUUGUAACAUUAGAAGGAAAAUAUUUCCAUGCUUGUAUUGUUUUUAGGCUUGCAGAAAUAUUUGAAUACAAAGCAUUAGCAAAGUGGCCAUAAAUUUGAUUAUAAUUUUUUUUCUCCAAGGCUGAGGGAGUUCAACUUAGAGAAAUGAGGUUUUCAGUGUGUAUAUUUGGGCUUUCCCACUCCCAUUAAAAUGGUAAUAGGAAAAACACUCAGAAAAAUGGGCCUAGAGCCCAUGGAUGUAUCUGCUUAACUUGCAGAUUCUUCCACUGUGUUCAGCAAAAGACUUGGUAAAUAAAAUAUUGUAGUGCUGCUUGCAUCACAGUUACCUUCAUACAGCUGACCCUGUUCUCAACCUUUUACAUUGCAGAUGUCCAGCAAACAUGAAUUACUUGGGUUCUCUUUCUGUGUCAUUAUCAGUUAGGAGAACUGGAACUGUUUUUCUCUGAAAUCAGUCCUGUACUGCAGAGCAUGGCAGACACAGGGCUUCACCAAGAACAUGUACCCACCAACUCAACAGCUGUUGAUAGAGUUGGGAGGUUUUGCUCCUCAGCAUUUGCAUGCCUUUGACCCCAGAACCUGGAGGCAUCCAUGAAUCUUCACAGUGUCAAAGUAACAUCCAGUCAGGCUUUGCAUGGCAUGAGGCAGAAACAGGAUUUUCUGGCAUGGCAGCAAGUGGAGUAGUGGAUAUUGUGGAUGAGACCUGGGUGCAGACACAGCAUCCUGUUGUGGCCACAGCCAUGUCACCAGCACUGAGGAGUGGCACGUGGCAAGACUGGGUUGGUGGAGAUCCAGAAGCUUCAUGUCUGGGGAGACAAAAGAAAAAGCUGAGCACAGACAGGUAUCUCCUAAUUUUUAACAAAUUCUCAUUGUGAGGAUAUUACUUUUUCCUGGAGGCUCAUAAAGGUACUCUGCAAAAGCCCUUCCACGAUGAUUCCAGCGUCUGCACCAAGCCCUGUCAGUGAUGCUGCACUCCUGUCAGGUGCAGCCUCCCAGGAGCUCUGGAGAUCACCAGCCCCAGGCUACCCCGGGCUGCCCACACGGCACAUCAGCCACCGGGCCAACAACUUCAAGAGACACCCAAAGAGGAGGAAACACAUCAGGCCCUCACCUCCACCCCCACCCAACACUCCCUGUCCCAUGGACCUGGUUGACUUUGGGGAUCUCCAGCCUCAGAGGUCUUUCCUGGAGCUGCUGUUCAAUGGGUGCAUUCUCUUUGGGCUUGAAUUCAGCUAUGCCAUGGAAACAGCCUAUGUAACCCCUGUGCUGCUCCAGAUGGGGCUCCCUGACCAGCUCUAUGGGAUGGUGUGGUUCAUCAGCCCUAUAUUAGGGUUUUUGCUACAGCCUUUGCUGGGAGCCUGGAGUGACAGAUGCACAUCAAGAUUUGGGAGGAGAAGACCUUUCAUUCUGGUUUUAGCAGUAGGAGCAUUGCUUGGACUCUCACUUAUGCUGAAUGGCAAAGACAUAGGGACUGCCUUGUCUGACUCUGAGAAUAACCACAAAUGGGGGAUCAUCCUUACAGUCUGUGGUGUUGUCCUCAUGGACUUCAGUGCAGAUUCAGCAGACAAUCCCAGCCAUGCCUACAUGAUGGAUGUGUGCAGCCCAGUGGAUCAGGACAGGGGCCUCAACAUCCACGCUUUGUUAGCAGGUCUUGGAGGUGGCUUUGGUUAUGUUGUUGGAGGAAUACACUGGGAUAAAACCAGUUUUGGAAAAGCUGUAGGAGGGCAACUCCGUGUCAUCUAUGUCUUCACCUCAAUUGUACUGACCAUUGCUACUGUGCUGACUCUAGUUAGCAUUCCAGAGAGACCCUUAAAGUCCUCUAACAGGAAGAAAAAGGUGAUGAAAAGUCCAAGUCUUCCUCUCCCUCCUUCUCCACCUUUCUUCUUUGAGGACAAUGUAAAUGAAAACUCUGCUUCUCAUAACUCAGCUCACUUACAUGCAAGUUUUACGAGUCCUGUUUCCCCCAUGAGCCCACUCACGCCAAAAUACGGGAGUUUUAUCAGCAGAGACAAUUCCUUGACAGGACUUAAUGAGUUUGCAUCAUCCUUUGGGACAUCAAAUAUUGACAGUGUGCUUAUAGACUGUUUUACAGGAGGGCAUAAUAGUUACAUGACACUUCCAGCUAGUUUGUCCAGGCAGCCUGUCAGUGUCAGCUUCCCUCGGGUGCCUGAUGGCUGCUACCAUGGAGCAAAUGGAAUUCUGGAGCAAGGGGAGAGCAGCUUAACAUCAGGGUGUGACAGUGAUGUGCUGAGAGUGGGCUCACUGGAUGCAAUAAAGCCACGGUCAUCAGGGAUCUUGAAAAGACCUCAGACCUUGGCCAUUCCAGAUGCUGUAACAGGACACUGCCCAGAGAAUAACAGAAGAAGAAAUGUGACCUUCAGCCAGCAGGUUGCCAACAUCCUGCUGAACGGGGUCAAGUACGAGAGCGAGCUCAACGAACCGGGCGAGGCCUCGGAGCAGCCCCUGUCUGUGAAGCUGCUGUGCUCAACCAUCUGCCACAUGCCCAAGGCUCUGCGAAACCUCUGCAUCAACCACUUCCUAGGGUGGCUUUCAUUUGAGGGGAUGUUACUCUUUUAUACUGACUUCAUGGGAGAGGUGGUGUUCCAAGGGGACCCAAAAGCACCUCACAACUCAGAUGAGUAUCAGAAGUACAACACUGGGGUCACCAUGGGCUGCUGGGGAAUGUGCAUCUAUGCAUUCAGUGCUGCUUUCUAUUCAGCCGUGCUGGAGAAGCUGGAGGAGCGCUUCAGCACACGGACCCUGUACUUUGUGGCCUAUUUGGCCUUUGGGCUGGGCACGGGCCUGGCCACGCUCUCCAGGAACGUUUACGUGCUGCUGUCCCUGUGCGCCACCUACGGCAUCCUGUUCGCCACGCUCUGCACGCUGCCCUACUCGCUGCUCUGCGACUACUACCAGAGCCGGGAGUUUGUCGGCUCGCAGUCGGAGGGCACUCGCCGUGGCAUGGGCGUUGACAUCUCUCUGCUGAGCUGUCAGUACUUCCUGGCACAGAUCCUCGUGGCCGUGGCCAUGGGGCCGCUGACGGCGGCCGUGGGCAGUGCCAGCAGUGCCAUGUACUUCUCCAGCCUCGUGUCCUUCCUGGGCUGCCUCUUCUCGUCCCUCUGUGUCACCUACGAGCUGCUGCCCCCCGAGGAGCUGCCGCCCCUGGAGGAGCAGCGCCCGCUCCUGCCCCGAGCACGGAACCAAUAACGGGAGGAGCUGCCUCGGCCUCUGCUGCCUCCUGGCCUCACCCUCGGCCUCCCUAUCGCGACAGGCCGGGCUGUCACCCCCGGGACGGCAGCAGGGGCUUGGCACACGCAAGGAAAGGUCUGUGCUGGCUUUGCUGGGCUUUCCCCUGCCGGAGGGAAGGUGAGGGGUGAGGCAGCGGCGCUGGCACUGCUGUGUCACCCCCGAGGGGGCAGAGGGGGCUGGGGGUGCCCUCCGUGCCGCUGGUGCCGCUGUCCCGGGCUGGCUGCAUUGUCCUGCGGGGGGCAGGAGAGCUGCAAGCUCCCCCUGGCGCUGCUGGGCUGCGGGCACUGCUGCAGACAUCGCCACUCUGGGGACAGAAGGUGCCACCUCCCGGCCGGGCAGAGCAGCCCUGGCCACCAAGGGCAGUGCUGAUUCCCGAGGGAGCUGCAGCUCCACCCUGCAGCCUCUGCCCUGGCUCUGGAGGGUGCUUUUCAAACUCUGGGAAGGCUGAGAGCAGCUGGUCUUGCUUGGGGGGUGUCAGUCCUCUGUCAGGUGUCAAUUAAGGCCAGGAGUGAAUUUUAAGGCAUUAAUUAAAACUUAUUUCUGGGUGCACAGAGCUGCCACCAGCAGAACUGCUCCAAGACACCUCUGUGGGCUGCCAGCACUGUGGCCUGGCUCCCACACCCCACUCUGGGGGUCCUGGCUGUGCUCCUUGGUGAUGUUUGCCAAUAUUGUGCAUAUUCCCUUCCUCAUUAGAGUUUAAUUAAGACUACAGGAGUUUGUGAUGACUUAGCAGAAGGAUUUGUCCAUAAUCCAGUUCAGCAGUUGUCCAUAACCCAGUUCUGGGGAGAAAGGUCUUUUCCCAUCUCCUCCCUUGGGCAGAAGGUUACUCUCAACAACUUUACUCAUAAGAAAAAUCAUUUGUAUGGAGGCCUGCAUCACAUCAUUCUUGUUUCUACAAUUUUACCUGGGGACAUUCUGAACUCUGGGAUCGGUGGCUCAGUGCUUGUCAAUGACAGCUGCAUCUUCCUCAUCUCAGUGAAACCAGUAAAAGGGCUUUGGGUUUCAUUGCAUGAGAGAUUUCUUAAUUAUUCUGAUUUUAGAAGGUGGUGUGUGAGAAUUUUUACAAGUUCUAGUUAAGGCCAGGAGUUAAUUUUGAGUAAUUUUGUAAAGCCCCUGUCAGUCUGGCUCUGUAUUUGUGUAGGCAGCCAAGUUCUGCCAGGGCUGGUGGGCAUUUUGUGUUGCCACGUGCUGAGCAUGGCAUCCCUGCAGGGAUUAGAUCUGGGCCCCAGAUCCAGGGGAAGGAUUUUCUCUGGAGAGUCUCUCCUUUUAAAUGGGUUGGACUUCACUGUUCACCUGAUUCUGAUCAAUGAUGCCAAGGUGAAAUAAUAUCUGUAAUCUUGAGUUGUUGUGAGUUACUGUAAUCCAGUGCUGAAAGAAUUAUACAUAACUGGUAAGAACCCCUCAUUUCUGUCAUCUGCUCCCUGUUUUUAUAUUUUAGAAGCAAGUAUUGACAUAAACAGAGGAAUACUGCUGAAAUGAUGAAGUCAAGCACUCAGAUAAAGGCCUGUCAGCUGUCAGAGUGCAUUAACCUUCCAUUUCUUUGUUUGAGCUUACACAGUGUCACAUCUGCAGGAAUUUCUGUGCUAUUCCCUUCAUUAGGGGACAGCUGUCCCCAAGAAUGUUCAGGACAAAGCUGGGACAAAUAACAUGGAAACAAUGGCAUUGGCCACUUCUGACAAUCUAAACACUUGACUUUGGAGAAUUAUUUUUUUCUUGUUAGUCUGCUUUGUAAUCUUAAUUUCUCUUCCUUCUCAAACAUUUAAACUCAAAAAUUAUUUUAUUUUUUGUUUGGUUCCACUAGCUAAUGUGGUAUUAGUUCUUAAAUUUUUUUUUUCUCCUCCUAAGUUUUGUAGCCAGCAUUAUUGCACUAAAUGGAUUGUGAGCACUUUACUUUUCCAGGUUGCUGGAGUUGCAGAUCAUUUGGUUGUAAGUGAAAAUCUUCAAAAAAUUCAUAAUGUAUUUAAUUAAAAUGUUUGUCUCCAUUUCCCUCUGUAAAUAAUAUCAACUACAUUUAUGUAGUUAUAAAACUCUUGUUAUGCCUGUAUGCCCAAUGGACUCUAUAUUAAAUUUUCUUAUUUUAUGGGAUAUGGACUUUAUUUUGCAUAUGUAUUUAUGUAGUGGUGCAUACCCAGGAUUUUUAAGUCAACAUCAGUGUGUGUUAAUUUGGGGCUUUGAGCAAUACCAGUGGUGUCUGGAAUAAAAAACCAGAGCCUGUCACCAUCAUGCAGAAUUAAAAGUUGCACCAAAUCCUUAAAAAAAUAACUUUAAUGAGAGGCAUUGCUUACUUGCUGAUUCUUUUCUUUGUCAGACAUUUUGUAUUUUACAGAAAUGACUGUGUAUGGUCACUGGUGAGCUGUGAGCUGCAACGUGAUGUUCCCCCUCUGGAAUCCAAAGGCUUCAAACAUUCUGGCUAAAUUUGCAAGUUACUGAUUAAAAAAAAAAAAAAAAAAAAAAAAAAAAAAAAAAAAAAAAAGAUGCAUGAGUUUAGGCAGGAAAAUGAUUUUACACUGUGCUGGUUUUCAGGUUAAUUUUGAUUAAGUCCAUAUCAUUAAAGGUUGCUUCGUGGCAAUUAUUUCUGAUGUUUGUAAAUGUAUUUAUUACACUUCUACAGAAGCAGGGAAAAUGAGGAGAGGGAUGGAGAAAAGACCUAACUGGUUUUCACAUGUUUGUAAUUAAAAAUUACACCUGUAACCAUUUCAGCAUGUCUGCAGCUCACUCAGCCUCUGCUGUGUCACUCAGAAAAACCUCCUGAUUUCAGAACUUCUGCUGUUCUUUGGUUGGAAAAAUAAAUCUUUUCAAGAAUAAAAUAGAAUAAAAUUUAUAUGUAUAAAUAUA